AUGAGAGGCGCCACUGCGGCCUUUUACGGGUGUGCUCUGGGUCUUCUGGCAAUGGGCCUGCGAGAAUUGUUGUUGGGAUUCGAAGAGAAUAGGUGUAACAUGACCUAUAUGUUCGAGCAUCCCCAGUACCGGGUGAGUAAGUUAGCUUGCCUAUUGACCUAAAUGAAAUGGCACCACGCGCGAUUCGGAGUAAUAAUUCGUCAAUGUCAACUUGCUAGCUAGUUAAUGUUCUAGCUGUCAUUUUGGAUAGCCAUAAUUUGGAUAUGGCUAAGCCCUUGGUCGAUAUAUGAAACUGUGAAGCUCAAGCUACAGGUAACUGCCAAUAUAAUGGAAACGUUUGAGUAAAUGAAGGAUACAAUUGAAAGCAGGUGCUUCCACACAGGUGUGGUCCCUGAGUUAAUUAAGUAAUAACGUUCCAUCAUAUUUAGGGUCAUGUAUAAAAAUGCUUGGCAGCCCAUUAUUUUGGCUACCAUGGCAAUGCCCCACACGAUGACAAUGCCCCUACCUAGCCUAGGCAGCCGAUAGUGGGCUAAGGAUCUGCACUAUCGUCUAGGCUUGAUGUGCAUUUCCGCAAAUACACUCCUGCCCCCGGUGGACCGAAUCGUACAUAAUGCAUCCUCCAUUCAGGCUGCAAAGGCAUCAUUUUUCUCCUUAGGAGAGAGAGAGAGAUGGGAGAAUUAGAGGGCGCAUACUUAAGUUCAUAAAGGACAAUUUCACCAGACAGGACAGACUGACCCUAGCCCCCCCCGGCACAUAGACUAUUGCAGCAUAGAUACAGCCAACCAACUUACUACCCUGAGACAAGGCUGAGUAUAGCCCACGAAAGAUCUCCACCGCACGAGCCCAAGGGGGUGCAAAACCGGACAGGAAGAUCAUGUCAGUGAUUAACCCACUCAUGUCGAGUCUAGCGAAAAAAGCCAGUCAUAACGUGACACACCCCUCCUAGGGACGCCAUGGAAGAGCACUAGUAAGCCAGUGAUUCAGCCUGCGUAGUAGGGUCUGAGGCAGAGAAUCCCAGUGGAGAGAGGGGAGCCGGCCAGGCAGAAACAGCAAGGGCGAUUCAUCACUCCACUGCCUUGCCAUUCACCUUCACACCCCUGGGCCAGACUACACUCAAUCAUAGGACCUACUGAAGAGAUGAGUCUUCUGUAAAGACUUAAAGGUUGAGACCGAGUCUGCAUCUCUCAGAUGGAUAGGCAGACCAUUCCAUCAAAUGUGAGUUCUAUAGAAGAAAGCCCUGCCUCCAGCUGUUUGCUUAGAAAUUCUAGAGACAAUAAGGAAGCCUGCGUCUUGUGACCGUAAGGUACCUGUAGGUAUGUACGGCAGGACCAAAUCAGAGAGAUGGGUAGGAGCAAGCCCAUGUAAUGCUUUGUAGGUUAGCAGUAAAACCUUGAAAUCAGCCCUAGACUUAACAGGAAGCCAGAGUAGAGAGGCUAGCACUGGAGUAAUAUGAGCAUUUUUUUUGGUUCUAGUCAAGAUUCUAGCAGCUGUAUUCAACACUAACUGAAGUUUAUUUAGUGCUUUAUACGGGUAGCCGGAGAGUAGAGCAUUGCAGUAGUCUAAUCUAGAAGUGACAAAAGCAUCAAUUAGCUUUUCUGCAUAAUUUUUUGAUAAAAGGUUUCAGAUUUUUUGCAAUGUUAACAAGAUGGAAAAAGGCUGCCCUUGAAUUAUUCUUGAUAUGUUCGUCAAGAGAUCAGGGUCCAGAGUAACGCCGAGGUCCUUCACAGUUUUAUUUGAGACCACUGUACAACCAUCAAGAUUGUCAGAUCAAACAGCAGAUCUUAGUUUUUUGGGACGAGUUUAAAAGUAAAACAUUUGCCGCCAUCCACUUCCUUGUGUCUGAAACACAGGCUUCCAGGAUAGGCAAUUUUGGGCCUUUGACAUUGUGUUUCCGAAUGACAUCACCAAGAGGUAGAAUAUAUAGUGAAAACAAUAGUGGUCCUAAAGCAGAACCUUGAGGCACACUGAAACAUACCAUUGAUGAGUCAGAGGACACACCAUCCACAGAGACAAACUGAUAUCUUUCCGACAGAUAGGAUCUAAACCAGGCAAGAACUUGGAGCGUUUCGUAUACAUUAUUUGUGUUCAGGAAGGCAGUGAGUUGCUGCGUAAGAGCUUUUUCAAAACAUUUUGAGAGGAUUGGGAGAUUUGAUAUAGGGCGAUAGUAAAAAAAAAAAAAUCUGGGUCAAGGUUUGGCUUUUUCAGGAGAGGCUUUAUUACUGCCACUUUUAGUGAGUUUUGUACCAUCCGGGGGAUAGGGAGCAGUUUAUAAGGAGGACCAAGCACAGGAAGUAGCUCUUUCAGUAGUUUAGUUGGAAUAUGGUCCAGUAGGCAGCUGGAAGGUUUAGAGGCCAUGACUAUUUUUUGUGAAAAAAACUGUAGUGUCUCCAUUGAUCCUAGGUCCUGGCAGUUCUGUGCAUGAAGCCAUUGCCGUCUGUCACCAGAUCUCAACCCAAUUGAACACUUAUGGGAGAUUCUGAAGCGGCGCCUGUGACAGCGUUUUCCACCACCAUGAACAAAACACAAAAUUAUGGAAUUUAUUGUGGAAGAAUGGUGUGGCAUCCCUCCAUAGACAUUUGUAGUAGAAUCUAUGCCAAGGUGCAUUGAAGCUGUUCUGAUUCAUGGUGGCUCAACACCCUUUUAAGACACUUUAUGUUGGUGUUUCCUUUAUUUUGGCAGUUACCAGUACCUGUUGUUGUUUAGCACUUGCAACAGGCUUCCAAUUUCAACAUUGCACGUCGCGCAUGUUGCACAUGAUUUUCAGAGUGACAAGGCUACACAGGGCUAUGUCCACGUUGAGGAUGUCAACGGACUGUGUCAUGCACACCUCCGUUUCGUUUCAUAUUUCACCAUGGAAUUUGAUAUUAUCUCCACUAUCACAAAAUGGAGAGGUGGCAUGGUAGCUAGACAGCUACUGUAUGUUGAGGUUGCUGAGUGGGUGUGUGGUGUCAUCAUUGCAUGCUACAUCAGGGCUCACGAGAUCACACUUUGUGUUGUAAGAAGCUGCAUUUGAUCCAUGAUAAGUGCUAUACGAUAAGGUGAUUAUUCCAGCCACUGAGUGCCUGGCACAAUCAUAUGGCACUGUCUGCACUCACCAUGGUGAUGGAUGGUGCUGAGAAAAGAUUAGCCCAAUCUAUAAAAAUUAGCUAUUAUUUAUUACCCAAAAUUUUACUCUGAUCUGAUUUACUCAAUCAAGAGUCAGUGUCGGUCACAUGGUGCCACACCUCUCCCGUGUGUGUGCGCAUUUCUCACACUGCACUGUUUUUUUUCCGCCCUGAUGUGUUCUUCUGCCGAGAAAUGUGGCUUAGCUGUACCCAGCAUAUGGCUCUACCUCAAGGGAGGUGUGUGUGCCCUUAGUGUGUCGCACUGGUUUAUGGCCCGGAGUGUAGGGAGGUGUGUGUCCUCACUUUCUGUAUGUGUGUGUUGACAGCGUGUGGCCCUGCCCCGACGCGUGGCCCGCCUGUACCCAGCGUAUGGACUCUACCUGUACGGAGAGGGCCAGUACGCUCAGGACACCCGCAAACUCAAACUGACUGGCGCCCCUGUUCUCUUCCUACCUGGAAAUGCAGGCAGCUACAAACAAGGUGAGCUUCUAUCACCACUAACCAAACACAUCCACUAAUCAAACUUACCCUAACCAAUCUUACCCACUCAGCUCAGGUUAGGGAAUAUCGCAAGCUUGCUCUCUCCAUUGCUCUAACAAUGGAAGCUAAGUAGCUCUAAGAUGUACAAUAUCUGCUUUGGUUACAUAUUGUAUGUAGGCAGGUGAAAGUCUUCUAUUUGAGAAAGGUCCUAUGCCCACUAAUGCAGAUCUAUCCUCUUCUGGUUUGGUUUUGCUAGUGGCUGCUGGUGGGAGUAGAACACCCACUCUCUCUUUCUCUCACUCUCACAUGCAUACGCCCACACACACGCAACAUGCACUGCACAUAGAUUGCUCUUUUACCAUUUCAUGCAUGGUAUUCCGUGUCUUCCACUAUGGGUUCUGUUGCAUUAGCCUAUUUUACAUGCCAUAGUUGCCAUCACAACCACAAACCAAGCAAACCGCAAACCAGGCAUGAUCUUACGUUGUUUUAUAUUCAACAUUAGCACUAAGUAGGCUAUGGUUGGGCUACAUUAAAGCCUGUAAAGCCUAAUACCUGGUUUUACAUUAAACAGACUUAGUCAGAGUUGACUUAAACUGUUAACAACCUGAUAACGGGAGUGCUACUGUUGAUAGGGAGGUGAAACGGGGGGCCAGUAUGAAAAAUAAAAAAAUUAUGUAUGCACUCACUAACUGUAAGUCGCUCUGGAUAAGAGCGUCUGCUAAAUGACUAAAAUGUAAAUGUAAAAUGUAAAUGCAGUCCAGGUUCACAGGUCUAUUUAAGUGAUGCUUAAAUCCAUAAUCCACACACUGCCCUCUAUUUUGCUAAUCAGAUUACUUAACUCCCAUGGUAAUUUAACUCCCAUGAGUUCUCAUCUAUAUUAUUCAUAGCCUAUUCUAUUUACCACCACAAACCGAUGCUACCACUAAGACCGCACUCAACGAGCUGUAUAAGGCCAUAAGCAAGAAAAUGCUCAUCCAGAAAUAGCGCUCCUAGUGGCCGGGGACUUUAAUGCAGGCACAUUUAAAUCCGUUUUACCUCAUUUCUACCAGCAUGUCACGUGCAACCAGUGGAAAAACUACUCUAGACCACCUUUACUCUACACACAGAGACGCAUACAAAGCUCUCCCUCGCCCUCCAUUUGGCAAAUCUGACCACAAUUCUAUCCUCCUGAUUCCUGCUUACAAGCAAAAACUAAAGCAGGAAGUACCAGUGACUCGCUCUAUACGGAAGUGGUCAGAUGACGCAGAUGCUACGCUACAGGACUGUUUUGCUAGCCAAGGCUGGAAAAUUUUCCUGUAUUCAUCCAAUGGCAUUGAGGAGUAUACCACCGGCUUCAGCAAUAAGUGCAUCGACGAUGUCGUCCCCACAGUGGCCGUAUGUACAUAUCCCAACCAGAAACCAUGGAUUACAGGCAACAUCCGCAUCGAGCUAAAUGCUAGAGCUGCCACUUUCAAGGAGCGGGACACUAAUCUGGACGCUUAUAAGAAAUCCCGCUACGCCCUCAGACGAACCAUCAAACAGGCAAAGUGUCAAUGCAGGAUUAAGAUUGAAUCGUACUACACCGGCUCUGACGCUGGUCAGAUGUGGCAGGGCUUGAAAACUAUUACGGGAAACCCAGACGUGAGCUGCCCAGUGACGCGAGCCUACCAGACGAGAUAAAUGCCUUUUAUGCUCGCUUCGAGGCAAGCAACACUGAAACAUGCAUGAGAGCACCAGCUGUUCUGGACGACUGUGUGAAAACGCUCUCGGUAGCCGAUGUGAGCAAGACCUUUAAACAGGUUAACAUUCACAAAGCCGCGGGGCCAGACUGAUUACGAGGACGUGUACUCAGGUCAUGCGCGGACCAACUGGCAAGUGUCUUCACUGAAAUGUUCAACUUCUCCCUGACCGAGUUUGUAAUACCUACAUGUUUCAAGCAGACCACCAUAGACCCUGUACCCAAGAAAGCGAAGGUAACCUGCCUAAAUGAUUACCGCCCCAUAGCACUCACGUCGGUAGCCAUGAAGUGCUUUGAAAGGCUGGUCAUGGCUCACAUCAACGGCAUCAUCCCGGAUACCAUAGACCCACUCCAAUUCGCAUACCACCCCAACAGAUCCACAGAUGACGCAAUCUCAAUCGCACUCCACACUACCCUUUCCCACCUGGACAAAAGGAACACCUAUGUGAGAAUGCUGUUCAUUGACUACAGCUCAGCGUUCAACACCAUAGUACCCACAAAGCUCAUCACUAAGCCAAGGACCCUGGGACUAAACACCUCCCUCUGCAACUGGAUGCUGGACUUCCUGAUGGGCCGCCCCCAUGUGGUAAGGGUAGGCAACAACAUGUCUGCCACGCUGAUCCUCAACACUGGGGCCCCUCAGGGGUGAGUGCUUAGUCCCCUCCUGUACUCCCUGUUUACCUACGACUGCGUGGCCAAACACGACUCCAACACCAUCAUUAAGUUUGCUGAUGACACAACAGUGGUAGGCCUGAUCCCCGACAAUGAUGAGACAGCCUAUAGGGAGGAGGUCAGAGACCUGGCAGUGUGGUGCCAGGACAACAACCUCUCCCUCAAUGUGAGCAAGACAAAGAAGCUGAUCGUGGACUACAGGAAAAGGCCGGCCGAACAGGCCCCCAUUAACAUCGAUGGGGCUGUAGUGGAGCAGGCCGAGAGUUUCAAGUUCCUUGGUGUUCACAUCACCAACAAACUAUCAUGGUCCAAACACACCAAGACUGUCAUGAAGAGGGCACGACAACACCUUUUCCCCCUCAGGAGACUGAAAACAUUUGGCAUGGGUCCUCAGAUCCUCAAAACAUUAUACAGCUGCACCAUCGAGAGCAUUCUGACCAGUUGCAUCACUGCCUGGUAUGGCAACUGCUCGGCAUCUGACCGUAAGGCUCUACAGAGGGUAGUGCGUACGGCCCAGUAUAUCACUGAGGCCAAGCUUCCUGCCAUCCAGGACCUAUAUACUAGGCAUUGUCAGAGGAAAGCCCAAAGAAUUGUCAAAGACUCCAGUCACCCAAGUCAUAGACUGUUCUCUCUGCUACCACAUGGCAAGCGGUACCGGAGCGCCAAGUCUAGGUCCAAAAGGCUCCUUAACAGCUCCUACCCCCAAGCCAUAAGACUGCUGAACAAUUAAUCAAAUGGCCACCCGGACUAUUUACAUUGACCCCCGCAUUUGUUUUUACACAGCUGCUACCCGCUGUCUAUUAUCUAUGCAUAGUCACUUUACCCCUACCUGCAUGUACAAAUUACCUCGACUAACCAGUACCCCCUGAACAUUGACUCGGAACCGGUACCCCCUGUAUAUAACCUCGUUAUUGUUAUUUUGUGUUACUUUUUAUUAUUUUUUACUUUAGUUUAUUUGGUAAAUAUUUUCAUAACUCUUUCUUGAACAGCAUUGUUGGUUAAGGGCUUGUAAGUAAGGAUUUCACGGUAAGGUCUACACCUGUUGUAUUCGGCGCAUGUGACAAAUAAAGUUUUAUUUUAUUUUAAUUCUGGUCUAUUCAGAGGUUAGCUUGUGUUGAUAUCCAUGAGCUUGGUCAACCCUAAUCCUCACACGUGGGGGACAGCCACUGUUCAGGGAUAUGGUGGAUGAAUGUCAGAGAUGAUGGCCACACAAGCUCAAAAUAUAGAUUAAGGUUGAGCUCAUCGUUAGCUAGCCAAGCUGAAAAGGACGGACGUAGGGUGUUCUGUAGGUUUAACCCAAUCUCAUGAACUGCACCAAAGACCCUAGUUUCAGACUCCUAAUUAUCCUUACACCUCUGAAUACUCUAGCCACUUCUGCCAGAACCAUACCACACUGCAUCACACUGCUGGCUUGCCUCUGAAGCUAAGCAGGGUAGGUCCUGGUUGGUCCCUGGAUGGGAGACCAAAUGCUGUUGGAAGUGGUAUUGGAGGACCAGUAGAAGGCACUCUUUUUUUUUUUUCCUCUGGUCAAAAAAAUUAUAUACAGUGCAUUCGGAAAGUAUUCCGACCCCUUUACUUUUUUCCACAUUUUGUUACGUUACAGCCUUAUUCUAAAAUGGAUUAAAUAGCUUUUUCCCCUCAUCAAUCAACACAGAAUACCCCAUAAUGACAAAGCAAAAACAGGUUUUUAUAAAUGUUUGCAAAUGUAUUAAAAGUUAAAAACUCAAAUUACAUUUACAUAAGUAUUCAGACCCUUUACUCAGUACUUUGUUGAAGCACCUUUGGCAGCGAUUACAGUCUCGAGCCUUCUUGGGUAUGACGCUACAUUAAAAUGCAAAUCAAUUUAUAACAUUUUUUACAUGCAUUUUUCUGGAUUUUUUUGUUGUUAUUCUGUCUCUCACUGUUCAAAUAAACCUACCAUUACAAUUAUAGACUGAUCAUGUCUUUGUCAGUGGGCAAACGUACAAAAUCAGCAGGGGAUCAAAUACCUUUUUCCCUCGCUGUAUACUGAGAUCAUGUGACACUUAGAUUGCACACAGGUGGACUUUAUUUAACUAAUUACAUACACCUUAGCCAAAUACAUUUAAACUCUGUUUUUCACAAUUCCUGACAUUUAAUCCAAGUAAAAAUUCCCUGUCUUAGGUCAGUUAGGAUCACCACUUUAUUUUAAGAAUGUGAAAUGUCAGAAUAAUUGUAGAGAGAAUGAUUUAUUUCAGCUUUUAUUUCUUUCAUCACAUUCCAAGUGGUUCAGAAGUUUACAUACACUCAAUUAGUAUUUGGUAGCAUUGCCUUUUAAAUUGUUUAACUUGGGUCAAACGUUUCGGGUAGCCUUCCACAAGCUUCCCACAAUAAGUUGGGUGAAUUUUGGCCCAUUCCUCCUGACAGAGCUGGUGUAACUGAGUCAGGUUUGUAGGCCUCCUUGCUCGCACACACUUUUUCAGUUCUGCCCACAAAUGUUCUAUAGGAUUGAGGUCAGGGCUUUGUGAUGGCCACUCCAAUACCUUGACUUUGUUGUCCUUAAGCCAUUUUGCCACAACUUUGGAAGUAUGCUUGGGGUCAUUGUCCAUUUGGAAGAACCAUUUGCGACCAAGCUUUAACUUCCUGACUGAUGUCUUGAGAUGUUGCUUCAAUAUAUCCACAUAAUUUUCCUUGCUCAUGAUGCCAUCUAUUUUGUGAAGUGCACCAGUCCCUCCUGCAGCAAUGCACCCCAACAGCAUGAUGCUGCCACCCCCGUGCUUCACGGUUGGGAUGGUGUUCUUCGGCUUGCAAGCAACCCCCUUUUUCCUCCAAACAUAACGAUGGUCAUUAUGGCCAAACAGUUAUAUUUUUGUUUCAUCAGACCAGAGGACAUUUCUCCAAAAAGUACGAUCUUUGUCCCCAUGUGCAGUUGCAAACUGUAGUCUGGCUUUUUUAUGGCGGUUUUGGAGCAGUGGCUUCUUCCUUGCUGAGCGGCCUUUCAGGUUAUGUCGAUUUAGGACUCGUUUUACUGUGGAUAUAUAUACGUUUCCUCCAGCAUCUUCACAAGGUCCUUUGCUGUUGUUCUGGGAUUGAUUUGCACUUUUCGCACCAAAGUACGUUCAUCUCUAGGAGACAGAAUGUGUCUCCUUCCUGAGCGGUAUGACAGCUGCAUGGACCCAUGGUGUUUAUACUUGCAUACUAUUGUUUGUACAGAUGAACGUGGUACCUUCAGGCGUUUGGAAAUUGCUCCCAAGGAUGAUGUCUUGGCUGAUUUCUUUUCAUUUUCCCAUGAUGUCAAUUAAAUAGGCGCUGAGUUUGAAGGUAGGCCUUGAAAUACAUCCACAGGUACAUCUCCAAUUGACUCAAAUGAUGUAAAUUAGCCUAUCAGAAGCUUCUAAAGCCAUGACAUCAUUUUCUGGAAUUUUCCAAGCUGUUUAAAGGCACAGUCAACUUAGUGUAUGUAAACUUCUGACCAACUGGAAUUGUGAUACAGUGAAUUAUAAAUGAAAUAAUCUGUCUGUAAACAAUUGUUGGAAAAAUUCCGUGGCAUGCACAAAGUAGAGUUCCUAACCGACUUGCCAAAACUAUAGUUUGUUAACAAGAAAUUUGUGGAGUGGUUGAAAAACAAGUUUUAAUGACUCCAACCUAAGUGUAUGUAAACUUCAGACUUCAACUGUAUGUGACUUCUGAAGGUAAUUGGUUGCACCAGAUCUUAUUUAGGGGCUUCAUAGCAAAGGGGGUGAAUACAUAAGCACGCACCACUUUUCCGUUAUUUAUUUUUUAGAAGUUAUUUUUUUCAUUUCACUUCACCAAUUUGUACUAUUUUGUGUAUGUCCAUUACAUGAAAUCCAAAUAAAAAUCCAUUUAAAUUACAGGUUGUAAUGCGACAAAAUAGGAAAAAUGCCAAGGGGGAUGAAUACUUUUGCAAAGCACUAUGUAAAUAAGGUAUUUCUGUUGAUUUAUUUUUACUAAAUUUGCAAAUACAUUUUAAAACCUGUUUUCGCUUUCUCAUUAUGUGAUAUUGUGUGUAGAUUGAUAAUAAAUUACUUUUUUCAAUCAAUUUUAGAAUAAGGCUGUAACGUAACAAAAUGUGGAAAAAGUCAAGGGGUCUGAAUACUUUCCUAAUGCACUGAAUGCCCCAGGGUAGUGAUUGGGGACAUUGCCCUGUGUCGGGUGCCGUCUUUCCAAUGGGACGUUAAACGGAUGUCCUGACUGUCUGUCGUCACUAAAAGAUCCCAAGGCAUUUAUUGUAAGAGUAGGGGUGUUAACCCCGGUGUCCUGUCUAAAUUCCCAAUCUGGCCCUCGUACCAUCAUGGCCACCUAAUCAUCCCCAGCUUCCAAAUGGCUCAUUCAUCCCCCCUCCUCUCCAUUGUAACUAUUUGAAAUAUUUGAAAGGCCUGUUUUGUCUGCAUGCUGUUUUUUCACUGACAGAUUUGCCACGCGUUUCCGACUGUAGACUAUUCCUUGUUUUGGGCUACAAUCCACAGCUAGGCCAUUUUUUAAAAUAAGCUAUUGAUCCUGUGUGGCUAAAUUAUAGGCCUUCUCAUGGUGUAGUAGGCUAUUCUGAAUUAUUUCAUUUAUUUCUGAACAGACAGCAGUAACUCUAUAACUUUGGCAAAUGUAUUUAAAUUAAUCAGGGCGUUUCUAUAAGGAAAUAAAUGAUGAAGUGCAGCGCUGGUGAGAUGAUAAUUGCAGGCUCAUGUCUAUCAGCAGAGAGGGAGCGAGAUCAUAUAAAGUGAAUCUCAUUCUAGUUAUGUGAGAGAUACUGGCGCGCUUCUCACACAGCCACGGCCAGGUGUUGGUUUCAAAUAUAGGUUACAAUGUUGCGCAAACCAUAAACCCUGGCCGGCCCAACCCAAAUCAACUCUUAGAAUAUUAGGCCCAUGCUGAAAAUCUACUUUUUCACGUAGUUUUUUUGUGGUUGCCGACUAAUUAAUGAAGAGGCAACUCAAAUAAAUGUUGAUCUCUUUUGUUAGAAUUUUCAUGCCACGAGAGGUACCGGAUCCGGACAGAUAGGUUCCGGAACAAAACAGUCCAAAACGGAGAGGUGCCGGAUCCUGUUCCGGCAGGAUCUGGCUCAAAUUAAGCACUGGAUACUGAACAAAAAUAUAAACGCAACAUGCAACAAUUUCAAAGAUUUUACUGAGUUACAGUCCAUUUAAGGAAAUCAGUCAAUUGAAAUAAAUAAAUUAGGCUCAGCCAGGCCCACCCACUGGGGAGCCAGGCCCAGCCAAUCAGAAUACGUUUUUCUCCACAAAAGGGAUUUAUUACAGACAGAAAUACUCCUCAGUUUCAUCAGCUGUCCAGGUGGCUGGUCUCAGAUGAUCCCGCAGGUGAAUAAGCCGGAUGUGGAGGUCCUGGCGUGGUUACACGUGGUCUGCGGUUGUGAGGCCGGUUGGACGUACUGCCAAAUUUACAUUUACAUUUACAUCAUUUAGCAGACGCUCUUAUCCAAAGCGACUUACAAAUUGGUGCAUUCACCUUAUGGUAGCCAGUGGGACAACCACUUUACAAUUUAUUUAUUAAUUUUCUUUGUUUAAUUUUUUUAUUUCUAGAGUAUAUUUUUAAUUUGUAAUUGUUUUAUUUAUUUAUAUAUAUAUAAAUUAACACAAACAAAUGUAAUGAUAAAAAAAAUAAAAAUAUAUAUAUAUAUAUAUUUUGUUCCUUUUUCUAUUUUUUCUAUCAUUGCAUUUGUUUUGUAAUGUAUUAUUUUAAUGUUUUAUUGUCUUAUUUUUUGUUUGUUUGUUCAGACUUCAACAUACAGUUGAAGUCUGAAGUUUACAUACACUUAGGUUGGAGUCAUUAAAACUAGUUUUUCAACCACUCCACAAAUUUCUUGUUAACAAACUAUAGUUUUGGCAAGUCGGUUAGGAACUCUACUUUGUGCAUGACAAGGAAUUUUUCCAACAAUUGUUUACAGACAGAUUAUUUCAUUUAUAAUUCACUGUAUCACAAUUCCAGUUGGUCAGAAGUUUACAUACACUAAGUUGACUGUGCCUUUAAACAGCUUGGAAAAUUCCAUAAAAUGAUGUCAUGGCUUUAGAAGCUUCUGAUAGGCUAAUUUACAUCAUUUGAGUCAAUUGGAGAUGUACCUGUGGAUGUAUUUCAAGGCCUACCUUCAAACUCAGCACCUAUUUAAUUGACAUCAUGGGAAAAUGAAAAGAAAUCAGCCAAGACCUCAUCCUUGGGAGCAAUUUCCAAACGCCUGAAGGUACCACGUUCAUCUGUACAAACAAUAGUAUGCAAGUAUAAACACCAUGGGAUCAUGCAGCUGUCAUACCGCUCAGGAAGGAGACACGUUCUGUCUCCUAGAGAUGAACGUACUUUGGUGCGAAAAGUGCAAAUCAAUCCCAGAACAACAGCAAAGGACCUUGUGAAGAUGCUGGAGGAAACGUGUAUAUAUAUCCACAGUAAAACGAGUCCUAUAUCGACAUAACCUGAAAGGCCGCUCAGCAAGGAAGAAGCCACUGCUCCAAAAAAGCCAGACUACAGUUUGCAACUGCACAUGGGGACAAAGAUCGUACUUUUUGGAGAAAUGUCCUCUGGUCUGAUGAAACAAAAAUAGAACUGUUUGGCCAUAAUGACCAUCGUUAUGUUUGGAGGAAAAAGGGGGUUGCUUGCAAGCCGAAGAACACCAUCCCAACCGUGAAGCACGGGGGUGGCAGCAUCAUGCUGUUGGGGUGCAUUGCUGCAGGAGGGACUGGUGCACUUCACAAAAUAGAUGGCAUCAUGAGCAAAUAAAAUUAUGUGGAUAUAUUGAAGCAACAUCUCAAGACAUCAGUCAGGAAGUUAAAGCUUGGUCGCAAAUGGUUCUUCCAAAUGGACAAUGACCCCAAGCAUACUUCCAAAGUUGUGGCAAAAUGGCAGCUGGGCCUCAGCUGGGGUGAAGUGCACGGCGAGGACGGUUCGAAACAGGCUCCUAGGGGCAGGGCUAAAGUAGCGCAAAGCUAGAAAAAAGCCCUUCAUCAAUGAGAAGCAAAGAAGAGCCAGGCUGAGGUUUGCAAAAGACCAUAAGGAUUGGACCAAAGAGGACUGGAGUAAGGUCAUCUUCUCUGAUGAGUCCAAUUUUCAGCUUUGCCCAACACCUGGUCGUCUAAUGGUUAGACGGAGACCUGGAGAGGCCUACAAGCCACAGUGUCUCGCACCCACUGUGAAAUUUGGUGGAGGAUCGGUGAUGAUCUGGGGGUGCUUCAGCAAGGCUGGAAUCGGGUAGAUUUGUCUUUGUGAAGGACGCAUGAAUCAAGCCACGUACAAGGUUGUCCUGGAAGAAAACUUGCUUCCUUUUGCUCUGACAUUGUUCCCCAACUCUGAGGAUUGGUUUUCCCAGCAGGACAAUGCACCAUGCCACACAGCCAGGUCAAUCAAGGUGUGGAUGGAGGACCACCAGAUCAAGACCCUGUCAUGGCCAGCCCAAUCUCCAGACCUGAACCCCAUUGAAAACUUCUGGAAUGUGAUCAAGAGGAAGAUGGAUGGUCACAAGCCAUCAAACAAAGCCGAGCUGAUUUAAUUUUUGCGCCAGGAGUGGCAUAAAGUCACCCAACAUCAAUGUGAAAGACUGGUGGAGCACAUGCCAAGACGCAUGAAAGCUGUGAUUGAAAAUCAGGGUUAUUCCACCAAAUAUUGAUUUCUGAACUCUUCCUAAGUUAAAACAUUAGUAUUGUGUUGUUUAAAAUGAACAUGAACUUAUUUUCUUUGCAUUAUUCGAGGUCUGACAACACUGCAUCUUUUUUGUUAUUUUGACAAGUUGUCAUUUUCUGCAAAUAAAUGCUCUAAAUGACAAUAUUUUUAUUUGGAAUUUGGGUGAAAUGUUGUCAGUAGUUUAUAGAAUAAAACAUUUUUUUUUUUUUUUACCCAAACACAUACCUAUAAAUAGUAAAACCAGAGAAACUGAUAAUCUUGCAGUGGUCUCUUAAUUUUUUUUCCAGAGCUGUAUAUGUAACGGUGGGUAAGUGAGUGGGAGUCAGUGCAGAAAUUUUAGAAGCAGGUGUGAAGAGUUCUGGUAAAAUAAAAUACUAUUUGUCACAUGCUUCACAAACAACAGGUGUAGACUAACAGUGAAAUGCUUACUUACAGGUCCUUUUCCAACAAUGCAGAGUUAAAGAUUUAAAAAAAUGAAAUAGUGACGAGGAAUAAAUACACAGUGAAUAAUAGUAAUGAGGAAAAACACAUGGCUAUAUAAUAUACAGGUAGUACCAGUACCUAGUCGGUGUGCAGGGGUACGACGUAAUUGAGGUAGCUAUGUACAUGUAGUAGGGGUAAAGUGACUAGGCUACAGGAUAGAUAAUAGACAGUAGCAGCAGCGUAUGUGGUGAAAGCGUGUGUGUUGGUGUCAGUGUAAGUAUGUGUGGAUGGAGUCCAACGUGUGUGCAUAGUCGGUGCAAGAGAGUUAGUGCAAAAAAGGGUCAAUGCAGGUAAUCCGGGUAGCCAUUUCAUUAGCUAUUUAGCAGUCUUGUUUAGCAGUCUUAUGGCUUCGGGGUAGAAGCUGUUCAGUGUCCUGUUGGUUCCAGACACUGGUACCGCUUGCCGUGCAGUAGCAGAGAAAACAGUCUAUGGCUUGGGUGGUUGGAUUCUGACAAUGUUUUGGGCCUUCCUCUGACACCGCCUGGUAUAGAGGUCCUGGAUGGCAGGGAGCUUGAAGUGAUGUACUGGGCCGUACUCACCACCCCCUUUAGCGCCUUGCGGUUGGGUGCCUUGCAGUUGCCAUACCAAGCGAUGGUGCAGCCAGUCAAACUGCUCUCAAUGGUGCAGCUGUAGAACUUUGAGGACCCAUGCCAAAUCUUUUCAGCCUCGUAAUGGGGAAGAGGUGCUGUUGUGCCCUCUUCACAACUGUGUAGGUGUGUGUGGACCAUGUUAAUUCCUUAGUGAUGUGGCCGCUGAGGAACUUUGUGCAAUUGACCACAGACAAUCACCUGCAAUCAGAUGUUCUGGGUAGGGCUGCAGUGGACAUUAAUGGUUGCUCUGGUUUUCGUUCUGACGGAGCCUUUUCUCCCCAUAAGUACACUUGACCCUUCUUCUCCGGUCUACUGAUGCAAUCAGUUAUUAAAAAUGCAUCGGGGUCCUCUGGGUCUGUCUCCACAUCAGACAUCAUGUCUUCAGUUUCCCCCGCAAAUAGCUGCUUUUCUUCAGCAGAGAAUUAUUUUGACCAACGGGCCAGAGCCUGUGAAAUUACAGGAGACUAAGUUAUUCUGCCCAAUAAACAAACGGUCUUGAACACUGGAAUAAAAAAAAGCUAAAGAAGCACACACACACACCAAAAGCUGUGGAACAAGCCUCAACUUUUCAAAAUUCAGUACUGGCAUUUAAAAUGUAUGAAUUGGUUUACAUUUAUAAACUAACCCGUCUCUGGCGACACCGCCGUCGCUUUUUGAUGUCCGUUCCUUUGCUCUGUCUGGGGUGUCCAACGACGUAUGCCUCUUUCAAUCCAAUACCAAUUUGCAGCUGCAUCUGAGGAGUCGGUGUGGUUUAUUAGCAAUGGUUAUAUGCAUCAAAAUCCUUGAGAAAAUUGUAAAAUGUAGAAUUAUGUUAGUCAGUCCAUGUCUUUAGGAGACUACUCACCUUCAAAAUCUGCCAUGCGCUACUCUCCAUCUGUGUGCCUUAAUCCCAGUAUACAGGUGUUGUUCGGACUGUUCUUCCUGAGACAUGCAUGACAUUUAAGUUUAUGGAUGAUAUUCACACCUCUAUUUCAUGUAACAUAUUUGAGAAUGCUAAGAUAACCAUCAUACAACUUACAGAUAGCUCAUUCCGUCUUCCUCGAAGAACGCCAGUUCCGGUGCAGGCGCUGGAGGAGUGCUCUGCUGUAGCUGCUGCUGUUGUUGGAAUAGUUGAGCUACUUGUCAGCCUUUCGUUCAUAUCAGCCACUGUGUGGUAGUCCGGCAUCUGAUUCAGCCUGGCCAUGAGUUGUUGGAAAUCCAUGCUCUCGUUUGGUGAUGCGUCGUUCCCUCGCAUGAAGCGGCUCCUGGCGGGCCCACUGGUCCCACAAACUAAUUAAAUAAAUUGUAUUUGUUGUUGUCAAUAGCCGCUUGUCUCCUUUGCUUUAUUUUACUAGGCUUGUAAGAAUAGCUGCUACCAAUCUAUCCGUUCUUCCACCAACGUUGGGUAGCUAACAUAAGCCAACUAUACUUUGGUAGCUAGCUAGCAUGACCAUUUAGUGACACUAGUUACACACCUCUAUGAAUAGUUAAGCUAUUAAUUAUUUCCAGUCCAAAAUCCCUCAAGGGCUGUAACUGAAUAGCCCUGACCUACAGCAUGUCUCCGUCCUUGCCCAACUUCAGCUUUCUAAUAAUCUGUUUAUGACCUAUGUGUCUCUAUAACCUGUCUAUGACCUCAUGUCAUCUCACCAGCCCGCUCCUUGGGUUCGGUGGCCCUGCGGAAAGCUGAGGCCCUGGAGGGUGGGGUCCACCUCAAUGUGUUUACCAUCGACUUCAACGAGGAGCUGGUGGCCCUGUAUGGAGGCAGCCUGCACCGGCAGACCCAAUUCUUGCACGAGAGCAUCAAGGCCAUCCUGCGCCUCUACAAGGUACAGUGCAUUCAGAAAGUAUUCAGACCCCUUGACUUUUUACAGCCUUAUUCUAAAAUCUAUUUUAAUAAUAAUAAUAAUAAUAAUAAUAAUAAUAAUAAUAAUUCUCAUCAAUAUACACACACUACCCCAUAAUGACAAAGCAAAAACAGGUUUAUAAAAAAAACGGAAAUAUCACAUUUACAUAAGUAUUCAGACCCUUUACUCAGUACUUUGUUGAAGCACUUUUGGCAGCGAUUACAGCCUCAAGUCUUCUUGGGUAUGACACUACAAGCUUGGCACACCUGUAUUUGGGGAGUUUCUCCCAUACUUCUCUGCAGAUCCUCUCAAGCUCUGUCAGGUUGGAUGGGGAGUGUCGCUGCACAGCUAUUUUCAGGUCUCUCCAGAGAUGUUCGAUCGGGUUCAAGUCUGGGCUCUGGCUGGGCCACUCAUAGACAUUCAGACUUGUCCCGAAGCCACUCCUGGGUUGUCUUGGCUGUGUGCUUAGGGUCGUUAUACUGUUGGAAGAUAAACCUUUACUCCAGUCUGAGGUCCUGAGAGCAGGUUUUCAUCAAGGAUCUCUCUGUACUUUGCUCCGUUCAUCUUUCCCUCAAUCCUGACUAGUCAAGAGUGUGCAAAGCUGUCAUCAAGGCAAAAGAUGGCUACUUUGAAGAAUCUCAAAUAUUGUUGUUACUUUUUGGUUACUACAUGAUUCCAUAUGUGUUAUUUCAUAGUUUUGAUGUCUUCACCAUUAUUCUACAAUGUAGAAAAUAGUAAAAAUAAAGAAAAACCCUGGAAUUAGUAGGUGUGUCCAAACUUUUGACUGGUACAUUUUUCAUUUACGUCAUUUAGCAGACGCUCUUAUCCAGAGCGACUUACAGGAGCAAUUAGGGUUAAGUGCCUUGCUUAAGGGUACAUCGACAGAUUUUUCACCUAGUCGGCUCGGGGAUUAGAACCAGCGACCUUUCGGUUACUGGCACAACGCUCUUACCCACUAAGCUACCUGCUGGUAGUGUGUGUGUGUGUGUGUGUGUGUGUGUGUGUGUGUGUGUGUGUGUGUGUGUGUGUGUGUGUGUGUGUGUGUGUGUGUGUGUGUGUGUGUGUGUGUGUGUGUGUGUGUGUGUGUGUGUGUGUGUGUGUGUGUGUGUGUGUGUGUGUGUGUGUGUGUACACACACACACACACAGUGGGGAGAACAAGUAUUUGAUACACUGCCGAUUUUGCAGGUUUUCCUACUUACAAAGCAUGUAGAGGUCUGUAAUUUUUAUCAUAGGUACACUUCAACUGUGAGAGACGGAAUCUAUAACAAUAAUCCAGAAAAUCACAUUGUAUGAUUUUUAAGUAAUUAAUUAGCAUUUUAUUGCAUGACAUAAGUAUUUGAUCACCUACCAACCAGUAAGAAUUCCGGGACUCACAGACCUGUUAGUUUUUUCUUUAAGAAGCCCUCCUGUUCUCUACUCAUUACCUGUAUUAACUGCACCUGUUUGAACUCGUUACCUGUAUAAAAGACACCUGUCCACACACUCAGUCAAACAGACUCCAACCUCUCCACAAUGACCAAGACCAGAGAGCUGUGUAAGGACAUCAGGGAUAAAAUUGUAGACCUACACAAGGUUGGGAUGGGCUACAGGACAAUAGGCAAGCAGCUUGGUGAGAAGGCAACAACUGUUGGCGCAAUUAUUAGAAAAUGGAAGAAGUUCAAGAUGACGGUCAAUCACCCUCGGUCUGGGGCUCCAUGCAAGAUCUCACUUUGUGGGGCAUCAAUGAUCAUGAGGAAGGUGAGGGAUCAGCCCAGAACUACACGGCAGGACCUGGUCAAUGACCUGAAGAGAGCUGGGACCACAGUCUCAAAGAAAACCAUUAGUAACACACUACGCCAUCAUCGAUUAAAAUCCUGCAGCGCAUGCAAGUCCCCCUGCUCAAGCCAGCGCAUGUCCAGGCCCAUCUGAAGUUUGCCAAUGACCAUCUGGAUGAUCCAGAGGAGGAAUGGGAGAAGGUCAUGUGGUCUGAUGAGACAAAAAUAGAGCUUUUUGGUCUAAACUCCACUCGCCGUGUUUGGAGGAAGAAGAAGGAUGAGUACAACCCCAAGAACACCAUCCCAACCGUGAAGCAUGGAGGUGGAAACAUCAUUCUUUGGGGAUGCUUUUCUGCAAAGGGGACAGGACGACUGCACCGUAUUGAGGGGAGGAUGGAUGGGGCCAUGUAUCGCGAGAUCUUGGCCAACAACCUCCUUCCCUCAGUAAGAGCAUUGAAGAUGGGUCGUGGCUGGGUCUUCCAGCAUGACAAUGACUCGAAACACACAGCCAGGGCAACUAAGGAGUGGCUCCGUAAGAAGCAUCUCAAGGUCCUGGAGUGGCCUAGCCAGUCUCCAGACCUGAACCCAAUAGAAAAUCUUUGGAGGGAGCUGAAAGUCCGUAUUGCCCAGCGACAGCCCUGAAACCUGAAGGAUCUGGAGAAGGUCUGUAUGGAGGAGUGGGCCAAAAUCCUUGCUGAAGUGUGUGCAAACCUGGUCAAGACCUACAGGAAACGUAUGAUCUCUGUAAUUGCAAACAAAGGUUUCUGUACCAAAUAUUAAGUUCUGCUUUUCUGAUGUAUCAAAUACUUAUGUCAUGCAAUAAAAUGCAAAUGAAUUACUUAAAGAUCAUACAAUGUGAUUUUCUGGAUUUUUGUUUUAGAUUCCGUCUCUCACAGUUGAAGUGUAUCUAUGAUAAAAAUGACAGACCUCUACAUGCUUUGUAAGUAGGAAAACCUAGAAAAUCGGCAGUGUAUCAAAUACUUGUUCUCCCCACUGUGUGUGUGUGUGUGUGUGUGUAUGUAUAUAUAUAUAUAUGUGUGUAUGUAUAUGUGUGUGUUAACCAAAAGUGGCUAACAACUUAUUUACACCCAACUCUAAAUCAACUCCUACCCCCUAGUCACUUGUCUGAGAGGGCAGGUGAAGUUAUAUUGCUUUUACUAUCCAAUCCUCUCAGAUACCUGAAAGUACGUAGGGGCUAAGGAUCCAUUUGGGAUUGGGCAUUAGACUGAUAAACCAAACCCCACACCUCGCUCUUUCUCCACAGGACCAUGAAGCCCCCCCUCGUAGUGUGGUGUUGGUGGGUCACUCCAUGGGGGGAGUGGUGGCCCGAGCCCUCUUCACCCUGCCCCGCUUCAGCCCUCGCCUGGUCAGCCUCAUCAUCACCCAGGCCUCCCCUCAUCAGGCCCCCAUUCUGUCCCUCGACACACACUUACUGGGUAUGGAGCAUGUUUACCUUGAUUUGGUUUAAGCAAAUUAUGUACCUGUUAUAAAGUUAUUAUGAAUUAUUUAUGUAUCUCUACUAGGGCCUACAAAGUAUAGUAACCUCCAGCACUCUGAUCUGUCUGUAUUAAACUCUUCUUCUCUCUCCUUCUCUGUGUGUGUAGAGUUCUACGCUGCUGUGAGACAGUGCUGGGUGGAUCGGGCAGAGGACCUGCGCAACGUGACACUUCUCUCCGUGGGGGGUGGUUACCGUGACUACCAGGUGCGCUCCGGCCUCACGGCCCUGCCCUGCCCCCAGGACGACCCCAGCAAGCUGUCUCUGGUGGUAAGACUCAACUAAGUCAGUUACUCCUGCAUACACAUUUUACAGGUUUUAUGUAUGUGCAUUUAUCUUGUUGACGUUUUAGUCAAGUCGAGCCUUGUGAACUGCUAUAGGCUCUGUAACUGUUCUAUCACAAGCAAAAAAAGUAAUCAUUUUUAAAUGUGCCUCAAAGCAAAAUUAGUUAGCCACAGGCCAAAUAACAAUAUAAUUUUCAUUGAUCGGCCAGAUACAUUUAGGCCUAGAUUCAAUCUGUAGGGUGGAAGAUCUGCGCUAUAGCGCGAUUUAAAUCUAAAGGUAAUUUUCCCAUGAAUGUGGAGGCUGCAUUCAUGGUAAACGCUGCAUAUGUCGGCUAAUCGGAAAUUACCUUUACAUUUCAAUCACGCUGUAACACGGAUCUUCCGCGCCACGCAUUGAAUCUAGCCCUUAGACAGCCCCAAGUCCUUCAGCCUUGUAUACAAUUUCAAACUGAUAGUGUUAAUACACUUUUCUGUUUUUCGUUUAUGAAGGCUACAGCUAUUCCUAGGACCUGGGUGUCCACGGACCACCUGUCCAUUGUUUGGUAAGUAGAGGAAUUUGAUUUUGCUUGGUUGAUGUAAUCUAAAGACCUUCGUACGUAAACAUGUCAUUUGUUUAUUGUGUUUGUGUUCCAGGUGCAAAGAGCUGGUUCUGGCCACUGUGCGGGCUUUCUUUGACCUCAUUGAACCUGAAAUAGGACAGGUAGGUAUCACACUGGCUCACUAAACUGGAAACCAGGGCCUCCAUGACUGAUCUCAAAAACAUAGGAUAGGGGAUGGCAACAUUUUGGAUGCCAUUUGGGCAUUUGCUUCCAACUAUCCAGUACUUUCACAUCAGUGCAUAUGAAGGAAAGGAGACCGAGAGAAACCCUUUGUAGACUAAAUGUACACCAGGAUUGUGGCCGUAUCCUCUUUUCCAACAAAUCCUACAGUGUAUAGCUUACUUUCCUAAUUGAUCUGAGUUUGAUACGUGAAAGAAUUAGUCUAGAAUCUUGUCCAAUCCCUAUCAAGUCUUAGUGGCCGUGAAGAAAAGGAGGCCCUGUAAGAGAAUUGGAACACUGCCUGUCUGUCUAUUGAAGUUGGUAAGUAUAUCGAUGUGCCUUUUUACCAGUUUUCAGAUGAUCCAGAGAGGAGAAUGGCUGUCCUGAACCAUCACUUUAUCAGACACCCUGUGCGUCUGCUGGGUGAGCAGCUAAAGAUGCCCAUCUCCCUCUCAGGUCAGCGAGUUAAAGUGCUAGGCCAUUUCAUCAUCUGGAUGUCUGUCAGCCUGUCCGUCUGUGCCUGGCCUGUGUGUAUUUUGGGGUGAGGACUGGACUGUGUGUUUGUGCGUGUGUUUUGUAGUAGCGCUGGACUGUGUGGGACUAUAUGUCACUUUUUAGGCUGUAUGUCACUUACAGUACGUGUGUGACCGUACUCCUCCUCUUCCACACAUUCUCCAGGAUCUCCUGAAGCGUGGAGUGAGGUGAACACACUCCGUCUGGCAUACAGUGCCCCCAAAGUAAGCCAUUAAGCUGUAUGUCACUUACAGUACAUGUGUGUGUGAUCGCUCUCCUCCUCUUCCACACAUUCUCCAGGAUCUCCUGAAGCGUGGAGUGAGGUGAACACACUCCGUCUGGCGUACAGUGCCCCCAAAGUACACCAUUACGUCCUGGGCGAGGUCCAUUUUGGUCCACAGACCCUUCACUUAGCUCCUAUCACUUUGGUCUUCACAGACCUAAAAGGACCGGAUAGUUGUAAACAAUGCGAUGAUUGUGCCACCUAGUCUUCCAUUGUGUCACCUAGCCUUCCAAUAGGCUAAGUUGAGCUUCUGGGGUCGGUUGCUCCAGUUCGGCGUAAUAAAAUGGGUCUUAAAUGCUAGGUUUGGGCGUAGCUACGUCUGACUUUGUGAUCAGAAUAUACACCUGUUGCACCAACCAAAAAUAAGACUAGUCAUACCUAAGUCCGGGUUAAGCAAUGCGCGUUCAUGAAAUUUGAUGCUUCAUCAUAAUGAUGGUUGCUAGGCAGCGCACAUUACUCGGCUGUUACCAUCCUCGUGGCAGUUCCAAACUUUGCGAUGCAUGUUUUCUUAACCACAACUGGAUGGAUCAGUAAAUAAUUACUGUGGGAAUUAAUAUCACUGAAUGAUGGAACUAUUAGAAUAAAGUAGGCUAAUGCCAUUGAAGACAUGUAUGAAAUUGUUGCUUCCUGAAACUCCCAAAGUCAUCCAACCAUUUUAAAGAAUUGAAAGCGAUAGCCGCGUGUGGUCAACUAUAAUUUCAGCAACGGUUUGAUUGAGACAAGCGUGGGGACUCGUCUUGAUGAAUCAAUCAAUGUCAGAUUUUAGUUUUCAAUAAAUCUCUGUUUGGAUAGCCUAUUUGGUUACAAUUAUGUUGGGAAAAUGUUAGUGAGUGCUCAUGAUUAUAAUCUUUAGUCUAGUUUGCUGAUCUAGGCUAUUCGCACUGAUAAUAAUAUUUUGCUAGCAUGUUAUAUGUAGCCUAGUAUAACAAGUGGAUUGCUUUUCACUCGUUUAGUAGCCAUUAUCCUGACCAAAAGCCGUAGACUUGUUUGAUAAUCAGUCAAUAUGAUUUUGUUUCACUGAAUCUCUCUGUAGGCUAGUAAUAUUUGGUUAUUUGAUCUCUGGCUGGACAAAUAAGUGGAGGUGGUAGCUCAUCUAUUAGUUUGCUGAUCUAUUACUGAUCAGACACAUUUAGCUCGCUAUAAUGUAGCAUUAAUCAAGUGUAUUAUUUUGCUAUUGACUUGCGCAUAGGCAACUCCAAAAAGCCUGCGGAGGUUGUGAAAGUAUGAACACGAGACUCGCAUACAUACUUUUGAAAAUGUAGAUGACUAUUAUUUUCUAUGGGUAUCAUGCUGAAGAUGGUCCCAAUUUAACACCCUACGGUUGCUCCCUACUAGGUGGUGCAAUGGGUGGUGUAAUGGGUAUACUUUGUAGGUUUGGUGUAAAGCGCAUUUUAGGUAGGAUUUAGAGUUGCGACCAACUGGUGCAACCGGCCCCUGGCCCCAGAUGGAGCUGGGUCUUGAUAGACCAUAACAUCAUUUACAGAUCUGUGCCUUCUGAAAAUAUGACUGAGUUAUUAUUCCUUUGCUCUGCAGGAUGGACAAGCCAAGUAUUUCCUGUUUGCCCUCUCCAGUCGCAGGAAAGCCUACAGCCACUUCUACUGUCGCAGCAACAACAUGGUGAGACUAAGAUGGCAGCUCUGCUGCUUUUAGGGCAUUCAUACCAGUAUACAAUAUGUGCUCUUGUGAUAACACAGUUUAUGGAUCCCGCUUCUGCCACCAUGAGUAAAACUUAUCAAAUGAUGAAGUCCGCAAGUUAAGAACACAGUUUAUGAACACACAUCUUUUUAUGUAUAAGGUGAAUCUUGCGAGCAUAAUACUAUGUAAUUUGUGAGACUACCGAGCCAAUGUUUUCAGUCCCCUGAUCUCCAACAGGAAAUGACUAGCUGGGUUUAUGGUUGCACACAGAUGAAGGGAUCCAUGUGGUGAGUACUGGCAAUGUCAGACAUGCACUCUUUCCCCCUGUUUUGUCUUCUUUAUCUCUGCUUCAGCUUUUAUUGCUUGCUCUUUCUGACAUUUGACAGACCAUUCUUUUCCUCUUUCUCGCUCUCUAUCCAUGCUCCUUCUCUUCAUCUUUUCUCCUUCCGUCGCUGUCUCUGACUGUACUCUCCUUCCCCCAGUGUGCAGGCAGUGGAUCUGUCUUUGGGAACAGAGCUUCUCCCAGCUUACAAGGUAAGCAUUCACUUCUCAUAUUUACACAAUCUCAACAUAUUAUGGGUUAGUCAGUUCUUUGAACCACUUUUGCUUCAUGUUUUUUGUGUUGAUGUACUGUCUGUAUGUCUGCUUUUUCUCUGUUUUUGAUUUGUUUCUUGUUUUUUAUUAAUUGUAAUUUUCUCUGUAAAGUGUGUUGAGUCUUGUGAAAUGCACUUCAAAUAUAUUGUGACUUGACUUUACACUGCACUCAAACAGUGUAGACCAAAACAAAAUAAAUAAUAUAUAAGUGUAAAUAAUAAAUAAGUAUUUCCCUCUCCUCCCAGGUUCUGACUCUGAGGCUCAGAGUGCUGUCCUCUGUCUCUCACCUCGUUGUGGCUGCCUCUAACCUCAACGGUAGACAGGUACAUUGUGUGCACCCAUUUAACCCAAAGCAAUGUUUCAUUCCUAAAUACCACUUUCAAUUUUGUUAGCACUUUAUAUAUAUAUAUAUAUAUAUUCACUGCUCAAAAAAAUAAAGGGAACACUUAAACAACACAUCCUAGAUCUGAAUGAAUGAAAUAAUCUUAUUAAAUACUUUUUUCUUUACAUAGUUGAAUGUGCUGACAACAAAAUCACACAAAAAUUAUCAAUGGAAAUCAAAUGUAUCAACCCAUGGAGGUUUGGAUUUGGAGUCACACUCAAAAUUAAAGUGGGAAAACCACACUACAGGCUGAUCCAACUUUUAUGUAAUGUCCUUAAAACAAGUCAAAAUGAGGCUCAGUAGUGUGUUUGGCCUCCACGUGCCUGUAUGACCUCCCUACAACGCCUGGGCAUGCUCCUGAUGAGGUGGCGGAUGGUCUCCUGAGGGAUCUCCUCCCAGACCUGGACUAAAGCAUCCACCAACUCCUGGACAGUCUGUGGUGCAACGUGGCGUUGGUGGAUGGAGCGAGACAUGAUGUCCCAGAUGUGCUCAAUUGGAUUCAGGUCUGGGGAACGGGCGGGCCAGUCCAUAGCAUCAAUGCCUUCCUCUUGCAGGAACUGCUGACACACUCCAGCCACAUGAGGUCUAGCAUUGUCUUGCAUUAGGAGGAACCCAGGGCCAACCGCACCAGCAUAUGGUCUCACAAGGGGUCUGAGGAUCUCAUCUCGGUACCUAAUGGCAGUCAGGCUACCUCUGGCGAGCACAUGGAGGGCUGUGCGGCCCCCCAAAGAAAUGCCACCCCACACCAUGACUGACUUACCGCCAAACCGGUCAUGCUGGAGGAUGUUGCAGGCAGCAGAACGUUCUCCACGGCGUCUCCAGAUUCUGUCACGUCUGUCACAUGUGCUCAGUGUGAACCUGCUUUCAUCUGUGAAGAGCACAAGGGCGCCAGUGGCGAAUUUGCCAAUCUUGGUGUUCUCUGGCAAAUGCCAAACGUCCUGCACGGUGUUGGGCUGUAAGCACAACCCCCACCUGUGGACGUCGGGCCCUCAUACCGCCCUCAUGGAGUCUGUUUCUGACCGUUUGAGCAGACACAUGCACAUUUGUGGCCUGCUGGAGGUCAUUUUGCAGGGCUCUGGCAGUGCUCCUCCUGCUCCUCCUUGCACAAAGGCGGAGGUAGCGGUCCUGCUGCUGGGUUGUUGCCCUCCUACGGCCUCCUCCACGUCUCCUGAUGUACUGGCCUGUCUCCUGGUAGCGCCUCCAUGCUCUGGACACUACGCUGACAGACACAGCAAACCUUCUUGCCACAGCUCGCAUUGAUGUGCCAUCCUGGAUGAGCUGCACUACCUGAGCCACUUGUGUGGGUUGUAGACUCUGUCUCAUGCUACCACUAGAGUGAAAGCACCACCAGCAUUCAAAAUUGACCAAAACAUCAGCCAGGAAGCAUAGGAACUGAGAAGUGGUCUGUGGUCACCACCUGCAGAACCAUUCCUUUAUUGGGGGUGUCUUGGUAAUUGCCUAUAAUUUCCACCUGUUGUCUAUUCCAUUUGCACAACAACAUGUGAAAUGUAUUGUCAAUCAGUGUUGCUUCCUAAGUGGACAGUUUGAUUUCACAGAAGUGUGAUUGACUUGGAGUUACAUUGUGUUGUUUAAGUGUUCCCCUUAUUUUUUUGAGCAGUGUAUAUACAGUGGGGAGAACAAGUAUUUGAUACACUGCCGAUUUUGCAGGUUUUCCUACUUACAAAGCAUGUAGAGGUCUGUAAAUUUUAUCAUAGGUACACUUCAACUGUGAGAUACGGAAUCUAAAACAAAAAUCCAGAAAAUCACAUUGUAUGAUUUUUAAGUAAUUAAUUUGCAUUUUAUUGCAUGACAUAAGUAUUUGAUACAUCAGAAAAGCAGAACUUAAUAUUUGGUUCAGAAACCUUUGUUUGCAAUUACAGAGAUCAUACGUUUCCUGUAGGUCUUGACCAGGUUUGCACACACUGCAGCAGGGAUUUUGGCCCACUCCUCCGUACAGACCUUCUCCAGAUCCUUCAGGUUUCGGGGCUGUCGCUGGGCAAUACGGACUUUCAGCUCCCUCCAAAGAUUUUCUAUUGGGUUCAGGUCAGGAGACUGGCUAGGCCACUCCAGGACCUUGAGAUGCUUCUUACGGAGCCACUCCUUAGUUGCCCUGGCUGUGUGUUUCGAGUCGUUGUCAUGCUUGAAGACCCAGCCACGACCCAUCUUCAAUGCUCUUACUGAGGGAAGGAGGUUAAUGGCCAAGAUCUCGCGAUACAUGGCCCCAUCCAUCCUCCCCUCAAUACGGUGCAGUCGUCCUGUCCUCUUUGCAGAAAAGCAUCCCCAAAGAAUGAUGUUUCCACCUCCAUGCUUCACGGUUGGGAUGGUGUUCUUGGGGUUGUACUCAUCCUUCUUCUUCCUCCAAACACGGCGAGUGGAGUUUAGACCAAAAAACUAUAUUUUUGUCUGAUCAGACCACAUGACCUUCUCCCAUUCCUCCUCUGGAUCAUCCAGAUGGUCAUUGGCAAACUUCAGACGGGCCUGGACAUGCGCUGGCUUGAGCAGGGGGACCUUGCGUGCGCUGCAGGAUUUUAAUCCAUGACGGCGUAGUGUGUUACUAAUGGUUGUCUUUGAGACUGUGGUCCCAGCUCUCUUCAGGUCAUUGACCAGGUCCUGCCGUGUAGUUCUGGGCUGAUCCCUCACCUUCCUCAUGAUCAUUGAUGCCCCACAAGGUGAGAUCUUGCAUGGAGCCCCAGACCGAGGGUGAUUGACCGUCAUCUUGAACUUCUUCCAUUUUCUAAUAAUUGCGCCAACAGUUGUUGCCUUCUCACCAAGCUGCUUGCCUAUUGUCCUGUAGCCCAUCCCAGCCUUGUGCAGGUCUACAAUUGUAUCCCUGAUGUCCUUACACAGCUCUCUGGUCUUGGCCAUUGUGGAGAGGUUGGAGUCUGUUUGAUUGAGUGUGUGGACAAGUGUCUUUUAUACAGGUAACGAGUUCAAACAGGUGCAGUUAAUAGAGGUAAUGAGUGGAGAACAGGAGGGCUUCUUAAAGAAAAACUAACAGGUCUGUGAGAGUCGGAAUUCUUACUGGUUGGUAGGUGAUCAAAUACUUAUGUCAUGCAAUAAAAUGCAAAUUAAUUACUUAAAAAUCAUACAAUGUGAUUUUCUGGAUUUUUGUUUUAGAUUCCAUCUCUCACAGUUGAAGUGUACCUAUGAUAAAAAUUACAGACCUCUACAUGCUUUGUAAGUAGGAAAACCUGCAAAAUCGGCAGUGUAUCAAAUACUUGUUCUCCCCACUGUAUACUGUGUGUGUUUAUAUAGAGAUUUUUCUCAAUGGUAGCGCCAUCCAUAUGCAUAGCACUGGUUAACAAAUGGGAAGAGAGGUAGAGAAACUCUUGUAGUGCCAUUCGUGUGUAUCUCUUCUACUCUGUGUCCCACAGUUCACAGUGGAGUGUGAGUGGCAGAGACAGGAGUCUCAGACCAUCUCUGUGCAAGUACCACACGUUCUGUCCUUUGGUGAGUCCACCUUUUCUCUAAUUCCUCCCUGUAAAAAGUAAGUUUUGCAUCUUUAUCAUCAUUCUCUAAGUCUGGUGUGUCGGAAAUAUGUAUUUUGGUCGGUUUAUUUAGCAAGAACUAGUUUGUUAAGUGUACUGAAUUUGUUGAGGGGUAGUAUAGAUUUGUAUCCAUCUGUUGAUAUUUCUUAUUCGGUGGGCAACACUGGCUUCCUAUGGUUUAACUCUGUGGGUCCUCUCUUGUUCAGGCAUGACUGUUAGUGAUGUCACUCUCAACUCCACCGGACUUCUGCACACCAUUGAACUGCAGCAUUUUCACCAGGUAAGCCUAUCUGAAUUAUAUGUUUAUAUAAUAAGGUUGGUCAAUUAAUUAUCCACUACUUGCAGUCAGUACAUUCUAUCAGGAGCCUGAACAACGACAACAACCUACAUACAGUACUGGCAGAACAAGACAAAGAUAUUUGGUCUUAAAAAAAACGUAUGCACUCACUAACUGUAAGUCGCUCUGGAUAAGAGCGUCUGCUAAAUGACUAAAAUGUAAAAAUGUAAUACUUACUGACCUCUGUAUCAUCAGGUCUAUCAGGCGUUCAGAAUCUCAGUCGUAAGCCACUGCAAAGUAACCAAAGCAGGUAAGCAGAGGUCUACAGUUUUGCAGGAGCACAUUUUUAGUAACUGAUAGGAUGCGUGUUUGUUUUUGACAGUAGUGUUUUGGUUGACAGCUGCUCUUAAUCACCUCAAUAAAUUCCAUAGUUGUUUUGCAUUAGGCUCAGUGAUGUCAUUUUGGUAUAGUGUAUGAUUUUGGUAAUGGUUUAAAAUGCAAACAUACUAGUAAUGUUGGAUUUAGUGAUGUCAUUGUCUCUAUGUAUAGACAGACUGCCCAGUGUCUACAGAAUGAAGGUGCCAUGGUUUAGGGAGGACUCGGUUACCACGUCCAGGUAAGAGCUUACCCCCUGUCCGUCCAUCUAUCUGUCUGUCUGUCCAUUCCUAUGGCAUUUGGCUAUUUUUAUAUUUAAUAUAUUUACUGGUAACUCAAUGGAAAACGUAUUAAACUUAAACUUUUUAUUUGGUCUAUCCCUCUGCAUGUCUCUUCAGUGUUCCCUCGGUAACAGAGAUAUCGGGCAUGCUCCAUACAAGUCGUCCUGACAACACCUCUGGUGUCCUGCUGCAGCUCCACACUGCCCCCAACUGCCAGUAUAAGGUACUGCCCACAGAAUUAGAUAGGAUACUUUUGUUAAUGUGUGUUAUCUCUACAUGGUAUUGCCCAUUAGUGUGAGGCAUUGGACCCCGAUAAAGGCUUCAUGCUGAAACAAGUGGUUUUUAAAGCAAUUUUUAUUGAACUUCCCAUUUUCUCAAAAAAUUGGCUCAAUCUCCCUUUCUCAUCCCUCCCAGGUAUCUGUGAGAACAUCAUUUCCCAGAGUGCUGGGACAGGUAAGACCCAUACUCUCUACCCUCAGCUCUCAACCUUUCAUACAGAGUUACUAGUGUAGUAGUAGUCCAGGGUCAUUUAGCUUUGUGUUUAACAGAGGAAAAUGUGCUUAAUUCAAACACACCAAUAUUACUAAUUGGCUAACUAACAAAGGGCUGGAUUCAAUCCGUAUUUCAAUCAAGCUAUAACGCGGAUCUCCCGCGAUACGGAUUGAAUCCAGCCCUUACUUUCUUCCCUGCUGUCCUUCCAGGUUCUGAGGUUCUGUGGGCCCGUGUUGCCUGUGUACACGGCUGUAGCGCUCCUACUGGCCUGUGGGGGGCAGAUGUCCUCUGUGGUGAGGACGGGGCACCCCCUACAGAUGAGCCAGGCCGUGGCCAGAGCCCUGCAGCCCCACAAGGUGGACCUACCCGUCUACCUGCUGCAUCUGCUGCUCAGGUAGAACUAUUAUUCAUACACAAAUGCAUGUGCACUCACACACUGUGAAAGACCACUCGUAUUACAUCAAACCACACAAAGUCCCUCCUUCCUCCAUCCCUUUAUUUGUAUCCAGGUGUAACUGGUUCCGGGAUAGUUGGUCCACUCAUCUCCCACCCUUAGACGCUCUCCCUGCCACCUCCCCAGAUGGUACGACACAGGAGGGGGUGCCCCCAAAUGAAGACUGGCCACGCCUCCUGUCCCCCCUGCUGUAUGUUUUGGGAGCGGCUGUGGCUUUCUGGGGCAGCGCGCUGCUCCGACUCUCUCUACAGCUGCUCUCGUUGUUAUUAGCCCCCCUGCACAGGUAAUGCCCCGCCCCCUCAUGAAUUAUAUUUAACUAAAUUGAAUGCAAUUGGAAUUCGGUGAAUCUAGUAUGCGUGUGUGUGUGUGUGUGUGUUUAAUACAUUUAAUUGAAUUAUAAUGAGUUUUUUAGCAUUUUAUUAAGAUCCCCAUUAGCAGCUGCCAAAGUAACCGCUACUCUUCCUGGGGACCAAAAACAACACAUCACAACAAAACGAUAAUCUACAUCAGGGCUAUUCAACUAUAUUCUUACAGGGGUCAUAUUUGAAAAAGGUUAUUUACAGCGGGGCCAGAAAUCUUCUACAUGGGAUUACACUUCCUAAAACCGGUAUCAAAAACAAUGCACAAACACAAUUAUAAUCUUAUAAAGCACUUUUAUCAAAGUUAAAUAUUGCUAAAAGUUAAUUUGAUUUGUUUUAAGAUUAGCCUAAUUCAGUGCAUCAAAUUAUUUAAAUAAUAGAACACAUUUGUACUUAUAACACAGUUGACCUACAUCACAUUAAUUCAUUUCUACUUUCCUGUCCGUUUUACAUACAGUGCCUUGACUCUUUCCACAUUUUGUUUAUACAAAGUGGGAUUAAAAUGGAUUUAAUUGUAAUUUUUGGUCAACGAUCUACACAAAAUACUCUAAUGUCAAAGUGGAAGAAAAAUUCUAACGUUUAUAAAACAUUGAUGAAAAAUAAAACCCUAAUGUAUCUUGAUUAGAUAAGUAUUCACCCCCCUGAGACAAUACAUGUUAUAAAUCACCUUUGGCAGCGAUGACAGCUGUGUUUUUUUGGGGUAAGUCGCUAAGAGCUUUUGCACACCUGGAUUGUACAAUAUUUGCACAUUAUUCUUUUAAAGAUUCUUCAAGCUCUGUCAAGUUGGCUGGUGAUCAUUGCUAGAAACCCAUUUUCAAGUCUUGCCAUAGAUUUAAGCUGAUUUAAGUCAACUAACUAGGCCACUCAGGAACAUUCAGCGUCGUCUUGGUAAGCAACUCCAGUGUAGAUUUGGCCUCGUGUUUUAGGUUAUUUUCCUGCUGACAGGUGAAUUAAUCUCCCAGUGUCUGAUGGAAAGCAGACUGAACCAGGUUUUCCUCUAGGAUUUUGCCUGCGUUUAGCUUUCUUGCGUUUCUUUUUAUGCUAAAACAAACUCCCUAGUCCUUGCCAAUGACAAGCAUACCCAUAACAUGAUGCAGCCACCUCCAUGCUUGAAAAAGUGGUACUCAGUGAUGUGUUGUAUUGGAUUUGCCCCAAACAUAUUGCUUUGUAUUUAGGACAAAACGUUAAUUUCUUUGGCAAAUUUUUUGCAUUAUUACCUAAGUGCCUUGUUGCCAACAGGAUGCAUGUUUUGGAAUAUUUUUAUUCUGUACAGGCUUCCUUCUUUUCACUGUAAUUUAGGUUAGCAUUGUGAAGUAACUACAAUGUUAUUGAUCAUCCUCAGUUUUCUCAUAUCACAACCAUUAAACUCUGUAACUCUUUUAAAAUCACCAUCGGCCUCAUGGUGAAAUCCCUGAGCAGUUUCCUUCCUCUCUGGCAACUGAGUUAGUUAGGACGCCUGUAUCUUUGUAGGGACUGGGUGUAGUGAUACAUCAUCCGAAGCCUAAUUAAUAACUUCACCAUGCUCAAAGACAUAUUCAGCGUCUGCUUUUUUUAUUUUUACACGUCUACCAAUCGGUGCCCUUUUGUUACGUUACAGCCUUAUUAUAAAAUAGGUUUAACAAAUAUUUAAAAAACAUAUAAUGACAAAGCCAAAACAGUUAUUUUUGUGUAAUUUUUGCAAAUUGAUUACAAAUUAAAAACUGAUACUUUAUUUACAUAAGUAUUCAGACCCUUUGUUAUGAGACUUGAAAUUGAGCUCAGGUGCAUCCUGUUUCCAUUGAUCAUCCUUGAGAUAUUUCUACAACUUGAUUAGAGUCCACCUGUGUAAAUUCAAUUGAUUGGACAUGAUUUGGAAAGGCACACACCUGUCUAUAUAAGAUCCCACAGUUGACAGUGCAUGUCAGGGAAAAAGCCAUGAGGUCGAAGGAAUUGUCCGUAGAGCUCCGAGACAGGAUUGUGUCGAGGCACAGAUCUAGGGAAGAGUACCAAAAAAUGUCUGCAGCAUUGAAGGUCCCCAAGAACACAGUGGCCUCCAUCAUUCUUAAAUGGAAGAAGUUUGGAACCCCCAAGACUCUUCCUAGAGCUGGCCGCCCGGCCAAACUGAGCUAUCGGGGGAGAAGGGCCUUGGUCAGGGAGGUGACCAAGAAACAGAUGGUCACUCUGACAGAGCUCAAGAGUUCCUCUGUGGAGAUGGUUGUCCUUCUGGAAGGUUCUCCCAUCUCUGCAGCACUCCACCAAUCAUUCCUUUAUGGUAGAGUGGCCAGACGGAAGCCACUCCUCAGAAAAAGGCACAUGACAGCCCGCUUGGAGAUUGCCAAAAGGCACCCAAAGACUCUCAGACCAUGAGAAACAAGAUUCUCUGGUCUGAUGAAACCAAGAUUGAACUCUUUGGCCUGAAUGCCAAGCGUCACAUCUGGAGGAAACCUGGCACCAUCCCUACGGUGAAGCAUGGUGGUGGCAGCAUCAUGCUGUGGGGAUGUUUUUCAAUGGCAGGGAGACUAGUCAGGAUCGAGGGAAAGAUGAACGGAGCAAAGUACAAAGAUCCUUGAUGACAACCUGCAACAGAGCGCUCAGAACCUCAGACUGGGGCGAAGAUUCACCUUCCAACAGGACAAUGACCCUAAGUACACAGCCAAGACAACGCAGGAGUGGCUUCAGGACAAGUCUCUGAAUGUCCUUGAAUGGCCCAGCCAGAGCCCAGACUUGAACCCGAUCGAACAUCUCUGGAGAGACCUGAAGAUAGCUGUGCAGCGACGCUCCCCAUCCAACCUGACAGAGCUUGAGAGGAUCUGCAGAGAAGAAUGGAAGAAACUCCCCAAAUACAGGUGUGCCAAGCUUGUAGCGUCAUACCCAAGAAGACUCAAGGCUGUAAUCGCUGCCAAAGGUGCUUCAACAAAGUACUGAGUAAAGGGUCUUGAAAACUUAUGUGAUAUUUCCGUUUUUAAUUUGUAAUGAAUUUGCAAACGUUUCUAAAAAUCUGUUUUUGCUUUGUGAUGGGGUAAAACAAUUUAAUCAAUUUUAGAAUAAGGCUGUAACGUAACAAUGUGGAAAAAGUCAAGGGGUCUGAAUACUUUACAAAUGCACUGUGUGUUGGCUUUCUUGUGGCGGCAAUUGCGGAAAAAAGCAACUACAGUAUCUCCUCCCUAAGCUCACAUAAGCUGCUCUCUUGAGAGCAUUAUUACCCAUGCUUAGCCACCAAACCCUUUGUAAAAGUAGACUACGAAACAAGCAAUGUUGCAGGCUAGAUGUUGAUCGGAUAAAGUUUGAUAGCCAUAACUGAGUCCAUGGUGUUUCUUAAGUCCCCACUGAGUUAAGCGCAAAGCACGCUCUGGUGUAUCAGGCAGUGUAGGGAUCUCAUCUGCUAUGAAAGCGACAAUAGGCAGGCAGACAGACCCUGUACCCCUGUUAGCAGCUCUGAUUGGCUGUAACUGGUAUGAUGGGUGAUAUUGAUUGACAGCACUUAAUGGACAGGACUACAGCAAACAGAUUCUCACAUUGGAGAAUAUUGAACGAGGGAUCCUUUUGGCACUAAACAUCAGAUUUUUGCAGAUCUUUUUUUGCUUAUUUUUCUUAUUCAUGUUCAGAAUUGAUCAAAGGGCCAUUCUAAAUUGAUAAACGGGCCAGUUAUGGCGUGCGGGCCACUAGCUGAAUAGCCCUGGUCUACAUCAUAAAUAAGGCAAAACAUCACACAAGACAUUGUGCCCUAUACAAAUUCACACUGCACCACCAUUACAAAUGUACAAUUUUACACACACACACACACACACACACACACAAUAAUAUUGUAUUGUUGUUUGUGUGUGUCUUCACAGUCCGCGUUGUGCCGCGAGGUGUUAUCUGUUUUUUAAAUCUGAUUUUACUGCUAGUUUGGGUUACCUGAAGUGGAAGAGUUCCAUGUAGUCAUUGCUCUAUGUAGUACUGUGCGUUUCCCAGCCUCUGUUCUGUCCUUAGAAACUGUGAAGAGCCUCCAGGUUGCAUGUUUUGUCGGCUAUGUAUUGGUGUCUGAGCUGUAUGUUAGCAGUUUGAACAGACAGUUCAGUGCUUUCUCUCACAAAGACGAGUAGUGAUGCAGUCAAUCUCUACUUUCGACCAGGAGAGAUUUGACAUUAGCCCUCCGUGUAAUUUGCCUAUGUCCUUCUUUGCAGCACUUGACCAUAUAACUGGGUAGUAGUCCAGGUGUGAUAAAACUACGGUCUUGUAGGACUUGUUUUGUUGAUUGUGAAAGCAGAGCAGCGCUUUAUCACGGACAGACCUCUCUCCAUCUUAGCAACCAUUGCAUCAUUAUGUUUUGACUAUGUCAGUUUACAAUUUAGUGUUAAACCAAGCAGAUUAGUCUCCUCAACUUGCUCAAUUGCCACAUUAUUCAUUACAAGAUUUAGAUGAGGUUUAGGGUUUUUAGAUAUACAGUGGGGGAAAAAAGUAUUUAGUCAGCCACCAAUUGUGUAAGUUCUCCCACUUUAAAAAGAUGAGAGAGGCCUGUAAUUUUCAUCAUAGGUACACGUCAACUAUGACAGACAAAUUGAGAUUUUUUUUCUCCAGAAAAUCACAUUGUAGGAUUAUUAAUGAAUUUAUUUGCAAAUUAUGGUGGAAAAUAAGUAUUUGGUCACCUACAAACAAGCAAGAUUUCUGGCUCUCACAGACCUGUAACUUCUUCUUUAAGAGGCUCCUCUGUCCUCCACUCGUUACCUGUAUUAAUGGCACCUGUUUGAACUUGUUAUCAGUAUAAAAGACACCUGUCCACAACCUCAAACAGUCACACUCCAAACUCCACUAUGGCCAAGACCAAAGAGCUGUCAAAGGACACCAGAAACAAAAUUGUAGACUUGCACCAGGCUGGGAAGACUGAAUCUGCAAUAGGUAAGCAGCUUGGUUUGAAGAAAUCAACUGUGGGAGCAAUUAUUAGGAAAUGGAAGACAUACAAGACCACUGAUAAUCUCCCUCGAUCUGCGGCUCCAUGCAAGAUCUCACCCCGUGGGGUCAAAAUGAUCACAAGAACGGUGAGCAAAAAUCCCAGAACCACACGGGGGGACCUAGUGAAUGACCUGCAGAGAGCUGGGACCAAAGUAACAAAGCCUACCAUCAGUAACACACUACGCCGCCAGGGACUCAAAUCCUGCAUUGCCAGAUGUGUCCCCCUGCUUAAGCCAGUACAUGUCCAGGCCCGUCUGAAGUUUGCUAGAGUGCAUUUGGAUGAUCCAGAAGAGGAUUGGGAGAAUGUCAUAUGGUCAGAUGAAACCAAAAUAUAACUUUUUGGUAAAAACUCAACUCGUCGUGUUUGGAGGACAAAGAAUGCUGAGUUGCAUCCAAAGAACACCAUACCUACUGUGAAGCAUGGGGGUGGAAACAUCAUGCUUUGGGGCUGUUUUUCUGCAAAGGGACCAGGACGACUGAUCCGUGGAAAGGAAAGAAUGAAUGGGGCCAUGUAUUGUGAGAUUUUGAGUGAAAACCUCCUUCCAUCAGCAAGGGCAUUGAAGAUGAAACGUGGCUGGGUCUUUCAGCAUGACAAUGAUCCCAAACACACCGCCCGGGCAACGAAGGAGUGGCUUCGUAAGAAGCAUUUCAAGGUCCUGGAGUGGCCUAGCCAGUCUCCAGAUCUCAACCCCAUAGAAAAUCUUUGGAGGGAGUUGAAAGUCCGUGUUGCCCAGCGACAGCCCCAAAACAUCACUGCUCUAGAGGAGAUCUGCAUGGAGGAAUUGGCCAAAAUACCAGCAACAGUGUGUGAAAACCUUGUGAAGACAUACAUAAAACGUUUGACCUGUGUCAUUGCCAACAAAGGGUAUAUAACAAAGUAUUGAGAAACUUUUGUUAUUGACCAAAUACUUGUUUUCCACCAUAAUUUGCAAAUAAAUUCAUUAAAAAUCCUACAAUGUGAUUUUCUGGAUUUUUUUUCUCAUUUUGUCUGUCAUAGUUGACGUGUACCUAUGAUGAAAAUUACAGGCCUCUCUCAUAUUUUUAAGUGGGAGAACUUGCACAAUUGGUGGCUGACUAAAUACUUUUUUCCCCCCACUGUAUUUAGGACUAGCUUAUUGCUAGCCACCCAUUCUAAAACUGACUGCAGCUCUUUAAUGGUUGCAGUGAUUUCACUUGCUGUGGUAGCUGAUGUGUAUAAUGUCGAGUCAUAAGCGUACAUAGACACACAGGCUUUACUCAUUGCUAGUGGCAAGUCAUUAGUAAAAAUUGAAAACAGUAAAGGACCAAGACUGCUGCCUUGAGGUAUACCACACUCUACCUGGUUUACGUUAGAGGCUUCCAUUAAAGAAAACCCUCUGUGUUCUGUUAGAUAGGGAACUGUCAAUCCAUGAUAUAGCAGAGGAUGUAAAGCCAUAACACAUACGUUUUUUUCAGCAGCAGAUUAUGAUCGAUAAUGUCAAAGCUGCACUGAAGUGUAACGAAACAGCUCCCAAAAUCUUCUUAUUAUCAAAAAUUUUUCAGCCAAUCAUCAGUAAUUUGUGUCAGUACCGUACUUGUUUGAGUGCCUUUCCCUAUAAGCGUGCUGAAAGUCUGUUGUUCAUUUGUUUACUGUGAAAUAGCAUUCAUGCCUAAAUUUGCUAAUCUUGCCAAUGUAAAGUCAUUAAAGUAGUGGGCAAUAUCAGAGGGUUUAGUGAUGAAUAAGCCUUCUGCUUCAAUGAAGGAUGGAGUUGAGUAUGCCUUUUUUGUCAAAAAUGUAAUUGAAGGUACUCCAAAGGUUUUUACCAUUAUCCUUUAUAUCAUUCAUCUUUGUUUUGUAGUACAGUUUAUUAUUUUUGUUUAGUUUCGUCACAUGACUUCUCAAUUCACAGUACGUUUGCCCAUCGGCUGUGCAGCCAGACUUAUUUGCAGUUCCUUUUGCCUCGACCCUCUCAACCAUAGUUUUUCAAUUCCUCCUCAAUCCACAGGGAUGUAGCAGUUUUUUUAAUAGUCAGUUAUUAUAAUUUUUAUUUAUUUUUGUAUUUUACCCCCUUUUUCGAUCUUGUCUCAUCGCUGCAACUCCCCAACGGGCUCGGGAGAGACAAAGGUAAAGUCAUGCGUCCUCCGAAACAUGACCCGCCUAACCGCGCUCCUUAACACCCGGAAGCCAGCCGCACAAAUGUGCCCGCAGGCACCCAACCCGCCACAAGGAGUCACUAGAGCGCGAUGAGCCAAGUAAAGCCCCUCCAGCCAAACCCUCCCCUAACCCGGACAAUGCUGGGCCAAUUGUGUGCCGUCCUAUGGGACUCCCGGCCACGGCCGGUGUGGCACAGCCCUGGAAUGAACCCUGGUCUGUAGUAACGCCUCUAGCACUGCCUUAGACCGCUGCGCCACUCGGGAGGCCCAACAGUCAGUUUCUAAAUGGGUGCAUGCUUAUCAGAAACUGGAAGAAGCACUUUCAUAAAUGCGUCAAGUGCGGCGUCUGGUUGCUCCUCAUAACAGACCAGCAAAUAUUCUUUACAUCAUUUGGUCCUCUGUAGCUCAGCUGGUAGAGCACGGCGCUUGUAACGCCAAGGUAGUGGGUUCGAUCCCCUGGACCACCCAUACACAAAAAUGUAUGCACGCAUGACUGUAAGUCGCUUUGGAUAAAAGCGUCUGCUAAAUGGCAUAUUAUUAUUACUAUUAUUAUAUCUUCAACAUGGGAAUCUAUACAAAACCUCUUGUACAGUGGCUUGCAAAAGUAUUCACCCCCCUUGGCAUUUUUCCUAUUUUGUUGCCUUACAACCUGGAAUUAAAAUGGAUUUUUGUGGGGUUUGUAUCAUUUGAUUUACACAACAUGCCUGCCACUUGCAAGAUGCAAAAUAUUUUUUAUUGUGAAUCAAACAAGAAAUAAGACAAAAAAAACUGAACUUGAGCGUGCAUAACUACCCCCCCGAAACAUUUAAAUGUUUCCCGUUAAACCACUCGAGUGUUGCUUUAGCAGUAUGCUUAGGGUGAUUGUCCUGCUGGAAGGUGAACCUCUGUCCCAGUCUCAAAUCUCUGGAAGACUGAAACAGGUUUCCCUGAAGAAUUUCCCUGUAUUUACUGCCAUCCAUCAUUCCUUCAAUUCUGACCAGUUUCCCAGUGUCUGCCGAUGGAAAAACAUCCCCACAGCAUGAUGCUGCCACCACCAUGCUUCACUAUAGGGAUGGUGAUGAGAGGUGUUGGGUUUGCGGCAGACAUAGCGUUUUCCUUGAUUGCCAAAAAGCUCAAUUUUAGUCUCAUCUGACCAGAGUACCUUCUUCCAUAUGUUUGUGGAGCCUCCCACAUGCCUUUUGGCGAACACCAAACGUGUUUUCUUAUUUUUUUUCUUUAAGCAAUGGCUUUUUUCUGGCCACUCUUCCGUAAAGCCCAGCUCUGUGGAGUGUACGGCAUAAAGUGGUCCUAUGGACAGAUACUCCAAUCUCUACUGUGGAGCUUUGCAGCUCCUUCAGGGUUAUCUUUGGUGUCUUUGUUGCCUAUGAAUAAUGCCCUCCUUGCCUGGUCCGUGAGUUUUGGUGGGCGGCCCUCUUUUGGCAGGUUUGUUGUGGUGCCAUAUUAUUUCCAUUUUUUUAUAAUGGAUUUAAUGGUUCUCCGUGGGAUGUUCAAAGUUUCGGAUAUUGUUUUAUAACCCAACCCUGAUCUGUACUUCUCCACAACUUUGUCCCUGACCUGUUUGGAGAGCUCCUUGGUCUUCAUGGUGCCGCUUGCUUGGUAGUGCCCCUUGCUUGGUGGUGUUGCAGACUCUGGGCCCUUUCAGAACAGGUGUAUAUAUAUUGAGAUCAUGUGACACUUAGAUUGCACACAGGUGGACUUUAUGUAACUAAUUAUGUGACUUCUGAAGGUAAUUGGUUGCACCAGAUCUUAUUUAGGGGCUUCAUAGCAAAGGGGGUGAAUACAUAUGCACGUACCACUUUUCCGUUAUUUAUUUUUUUGAAUUUUUUGCAACAAGUUAUUUUUGUUCAUUCCACUUCACCAAUUUGGACUAUUUUGUGUAUGUCCAUUACAUGAAAUCCAAAUAAAAAUCAAUUUCAAUUACAGGUUAUAAUGCAACAAAAUAGGAAAAACGCCAAUGGGGAUGAAUACUUUUGCAAGGCACUGUAUGAUCUGUUAUACACCAUUUUAGGCCCAGCCUUUGGAACUUUUUUUUAUUUUUUAUAUGGGCACUAUAUUUUGAUCACUACAUCCGACAAGUGUGGAUACUGCUUUAGAACAUAUUUCUGCAGCAUUAGUAAAGAUGUUAUCAAUACACGUGGAUGAUUUUGUUCCUGUGCUGUUUGUAAAUACCCUGGUAGGUUGACUGAUGACCUGAACCAGAUUUCAGGCACUGGUUACAGUUUGAAGAUUCUUCGUGAGUGUACAGCUUGAUGAAAACCAUUCAAUAUUUACACUGAGUGUACAAAACAUUAGGAACACCUUCCUAAUAUUGAGUUGCAUCCCCUUUUGCCCUCAGAACAACCUCAAUUCGUUGGCACAUUUACAUUUACAUUUACGUCAUUUAGCAGACGCUCUUAUCCAGAGCGACUUACAAAUUGGUGCAUUCACCUUAUUGUAAGUCGGAUAACCACUUUACAAUUAUCGGAUAACCACUUUACACUGCAACCUGAUCUCAUAGUUUCAAGUCGGGAUUUGACGUAAUGUGGAAGAAAGUUGAAUUCUUGACCCAUUUAUUCCGCAUGGUUACAGGGUUAAUUCUGCAUGGUUACAGGGUUUAAACAAAAACGACUCAAAGGGUUAAGUUUAGGUAUUCAUUCCGAGUGGUUAAGGUUAGGGCUAUGGUUUGGGGAAAGCAUAAAACAAAAUCAUAAAAAAAAAAAACUAUUUAGUAUCAUCAAGUACUUUCCCUGCUUGCUAGAGAAUUGUGAACUGCUGUGGUGCAGUGGUCUAAGCAGCGUGCUCUGGCUCUCAGCGCCGUGAGUUUGAUCUCAGUGCUGUCCAAUAGUUUAAAAGAACAAAUGUGACUGAUUCACCUGGUCAUGGAAAGAGGUGUUCCUAAUAUUUUGUACACUCAGUGUAUGUCACCCAGAAAAUAUACCUCUGUUGACAUCGCAUACAGUGCCCCUCGACUUUAUCCAAAUUGUUUUGUUACAGCCCGAAUUUUUUAAUGGAUUAAAUUGAGAUUAUGUGUCACUGGCCUACCUACACACAAUACCCCGUAAUGUCAAAGUCGAAUUAUGUUUUUAGAAAUGUUUACAAGUUAAUAAAAAAUGAAAAGCUUAAAUGUCUUGAGUCAAUAAGUAUUCAACCUGUUUGUUAUGGCAAGCCUAAAUAAGUUCAGGAGUAAACAUUUGCUUAACAAGUCACAAUAAGUUGCGUGGACUCAUUCUGUGUUCAAUAUUAGUGGUUAACACGAUUUUUUUAAUGACUACCUCAUCUGUACCCCACACAUACAAUUAUCUGUAAGGUCCCUCAGUCGAGCAGUGAAUUUCAAACAUAGUCAACCACAAUGACCAGGGAGGUUUUCCAAUGCCUCGCAAAUAAGGGCGCUUAUGGUAGAUGGGUAAAAAAAAAUAGAGGCAGACAUCGAAUAUCCCUUUGAGCAUGGUGAAGUUAUUAAUUAGACUUUGGAUGGUGUAUCAAUACACCCAGUCACUACAAAUAAACAGGCGUCCUUCCUAACUUAGUUGCCGGAGAGGAAGGAAACCGCUCAGAGAUUUCACCAUGAGGCCAAUGGUGACUUUAAAACAGUUACAGAGUUUAAUGGCUGUGAUAGGAGAAAAUGGAGGAUGGAUCAACAUUGUAGUUACUCCACAAUACUAACCUAAAUUACAGAGUGAAAAGGAAGCCUGUACAGAAUAAAAAUAUUCCUCACUACAGCCCCGGGUUCGAUCCCAGGCUGUGUCAUAGCCGGCCGUGACCGGGAGACCCAUGAGGCGGCGCACAAUUGGCCCAGCGUCGCCCGGGUUAGGGGAGUGUUUGGCCAGCCGGGAUAUCCUUGUCCCAUCGCGCUCUAUCGGCUCCUUGUGGCGGGCCGGGUGCCUGCAAGCUGACUUCAGUCGCUGGUUGUACAGUGUUUCCUCCGACACAUUGGUGUGGAUGGCAUCCGGGUUAAGCAAGCAGUGUGUCAAGAAGCAGUGCAGCUUGGCAGGGUCGUGUUUCGGAGGAUGCAUGGCUCUCGACCUUCUCCUCUCCCGAGUCCUUACGGGAGUUGGAGCAAUGGGACAAGACUGUAACUACCAAUUGGAUAUCACGAAAAAGGGGUAAAAAUAAAAAACAAAGAAUAGGCACUUGGUGGUCUAUAGCAAGUUGAAUUGUGUGUGUGUGUGCACUCAGGCCCUCUGUGUCUCUGGACUGCGGCACCCUGCGUAGACGGACUCAGCUCCUCCUCAUCCUGUGUCUGAGCGUGUUGGGUGGGGCUUCCUGUGGAGCCCUGUCAAUCACAGCCACCUUCCUGCUCCAUCUCUACCGAGUGAGUCUGGGGCCCCUGUUAAAUACUUAGUCCUUGUUCUUUUUGGUUUCCCUGUGGUUUACUAAUGUAUGACUAUGUUUCUGUCCAGGUUCUGAGGCUACAGAUGACAGAGAGGUCUCUGAGUCAUAUGCUGAACCUGGUAAGAUUCUGCAUUUUUUCCCUCUCUAAAAUCUUCAUAUAUUAAUUAUCCUCACUACCCUUUCAGGCGCCUGAGAAACAGAGAGACCAAGACAACAGAACUUGCAACAAAGAGAAAAGCACUGGGGACAGUGAGGCCCUGAACAGCAAACCUAAAGAAUGUAACGGCGCCCCCCUGCUGUCGGACUCAGUACUGCAGGAUGUGAGAGAUGAUCUGCAGCUGCACCUCAGCCUGUCUGCUCUCCUCACUCUUCCAGUCAUGCUCUGUGCGCCAUCACUGAUCCACUGGACCCGCAACCUCAGGUACUGGAGUGUGUUCGUGUGUAGCCCUUACCCUGUCGGCCAUAUAUCCAUCCUUUACUGUUCCCUAACUCUAGUGUGUGUGUGUCCGUGUGUAGGACUGUGUGAUUUUUCUCCGUAGUCCCCUUAAUUGCCUUUUCUCUUCUUUGCAGAUAUUCUGCUGCUCGAUUGGAUCCUGACCCUUGCUGGCCACACACCGUGCCUCUCCUCAUGGCCUCUGUGCUGCUCAUCAACUGUAACACACUCACUCUCAGCUACAGGUGCUUCUACUAUACUGCUCAGUUUGUCACACACCUUUCUGUCCUCAGUCCUGUCCUUUCACCAGGUGUAUACGUGUGUGUUUUAACUUGUAUUACACGCUUGGAUUUCAGUACAACCCUGCCUAGCACAUCCCGCCUGCUGCUGCCUCUCUCUGUUGCCAUGGUGACCUUCUCCCCACUCCAUCUAUACCGAGUAACCUACUUCCUGUCUGCAGCCCUGGUUCCACUGGCUGUUUCCUUUCUCUUCUGAGCUCUGCUGGUACCUGCGCUGGGCCUAUCACUCAGCAGACUCACAGAACCGG